GGGACUUGGCGGAGGCGCCCCGCCCCCUUCUCACUCUCCUCCGGGUAGGCGUGGCGUGCGGCAGCACCCUUCUUCUGUACCCCUGGCCCCUGGGUCUGUCGGCUUCAUCCCGCGCGCAGGCGUGUGACUCCACGCGCGGGUCCCGGAAGAGGGCUCGUGCCCUGCGGUUUCUGUUCCAGCGUGGCGACCGUCGCCGCGGUGGCGGCCACUGCAUCUCGUCCCACUUCCACGGCAUCACUGGGCCCUGAGCCCAUGACGGGCCAGGGCCAGUCGGCGUCCGGGUCGUCGGCGUGGAGCACAGUUUUCCGCCACGUCCGGUACGAGAAUCUGGUGGCGGGCGUGAGCGGCGGAGUCCUUUCCAACCUCGCGCUGCACCCGCUGGAUCUCGUGAAGAUCCGCUUUGCCGUGAGUGAUGGAUUGGAACUGAGACCGAAAUAUAAAGGAGUUUUGCAUUGCCUGACCACCAUUUGGAAACUUGAUGGACUACGGGGACUUUACCAAGGAGUAACCCCAAAUGUGUGGGGUGCAGGCUUAUCCUGGGGACUCUACUUUUUCUUUUACAAUGCCAUCAAAUCAUAUAAGACAGAAGGAAGAGCUGAAAGGUUAGAGGCAACAGAAUAUCUCAUCUCAGCUGCUGAAGCUGGAGCCAUGACCCUCUGCAUUACCAACCCAUUAUGGGUAACAAAAACUCGCCUUAUGUUACAGUACGAUGGUGUUGUUAAUGCCUCACAGCGGCAAUAUAAAGGAAUGUUUGAUACACUUUUGAAAAUAUAUAAGUAUGAAGGUGUGCGUGGAUUGUAUAAGGGGUUUAUUCCUGGGCUGUUUGGAACAUCACAUGGUGCCCUUCAGUUUAUGGCAUAUGAAUUGUUGAAAUUGAAAUACAACCAACAUACCAAUAGAUUACCAGAAGCACAGUUGAGCACAGUAGAAUAUAUAACAGUUGCAGCAUUAUCCAAAAUAUUUGCUGUGGCAGCAACAUACCCAUAUCAAGUUGUAAGAGCUCGUCUGCAGGAUCAACACAUGUUUUACAAUGGUGUAGUGGAUGUAAUCACAAAGACAUGGAGGAAAGAAGGCAUCGGUGGAUUUUACAAAGGAAUUGCCCCCAAUUUGAUUAGAGUGACUCCAGCCUGCUGUAUUACCUUUGUGGUAUAUGAAAAUGUCUCACAUUUUUUACUUGGCCUUAGAGAAAAGAAAAAGUAAAAGAAGAUAAUUACAGUACAUCUGCCCAAGGCAGCCAUGUGCUACUUUGUAUUUGAGACAUGAAACUCAGAAGAAUACUGCACAGCAACAUGGCUCGUAAUUGAACUCGGUCUAUAAUCAUUAGAAGUCACAGAACUGCUAAGCCUUCACAAUGUUUUUCUGCUUUUGCUUUCCCCAUACAUAUGGGACUUGGCUUCCCUUACCUGAAAUGGUUGCCAGCAACACAACAGUAAAACUGACACCAAAUGGAGAGUUUCACAGAUUUUCUCCAUUUCAUUGUCCAAGUAGAAGCUAAGUUGCAGCAUUUGCUGAAUGGAUUUGAAUACUGCUCCUUUUCUGAACUGGUUUGUCUGUAUUGGCUUUAAAAUCAACCUCUGUGCAAUAGCAAAAAAAUGGCUUCUUAAAAGAUGUCAUUGCUGUUUCAAGAGUUUGCUGGGAAAGUUGCUGCCCAAAUCCUGACCAUUUUUGAAACGGGAAAGUUUGG